CUAGGCGUGCACAAGUUUGUCCUUUGUCCGAAGGGCGUUGGGAAAGACUUAUCUGAUCCUUUCCCUCUCGCGCGACCAGUGGCUGUGAAGGAGCAUUCGAGAGUUUUACGAGGCCACUAUCGAUGGCAGACCUAUAUGAGAAUCCGUGGGAAAGGCGAACGACCGUUCGAAGGGCGCCACCGGGACCAUGGAAUGGUGGUUCACUGCUUUCAGCCUUAUCCUUGACAGACAGCAGCCAUCGAAUAAUCAUCGGAGUCGAUUAUGGGACAACUUACACAGGCAUCAGUUAUGUCGACUCCUCUAAAACUAGUAUCAACGAUAUCCACGUCAUUAGAACCUAUCCGGGCCCAGGUGGUGCAGACGCUGUAUGGAAGACACCGUCGCGUAUUGCCUACCGGAGCGAAAAUCAAGAGUCCAACGCCAACCAAUUCGGGUAUCAAGUUACUCCAAAGAUGACCAGCUAUAGUUGGACAAAGUUGCUGCUCGACUCCAGGACCCCAGCAACGGCGCAUGAUGAUCCGGAUCUGCAGAAGUCAGAAGGCGCGGGUAUGCUCCGACUCCCUCGAGGGAAAACGGCCACAGAGGUAGCUGCCGAUUAUCUGCGAGAGGUAUACCGAUGGACAGUCACAGAGCUUGAAAAACGCAUCUCUCCAGAGGUGGUUCGCGAGACCCCGUUCGAAUUCUGGUUCACGGUGCCUGCAAUCUGGAGUGAUGCCGCGAAGGCUUCGACUCAAGCUGCUGCACGCGCUGCAGGGUUUGCCUCGAGACCAGGAGAUAAAAUCUUUCUGAUACCGGAACCCGAGGCAGCUGGCGUAUCCGUUUUGAAAGGUCUGACUCAAGAAGGACUAUCAAACCAGGCAAAGCCCGGCGACGGGCUCUUGAUAUGCGAUUGUGGCGGAGGCACUGUCGAUAUAACCACUUACAAGAUCACCAGCGUUGCACCGAAAUUGACUUUCGAGGAACUGGUUGAGGGAGCCGGUGGCAAGUGUGGUUCCACUUAUAUCGAUCGUCAAUUCCAUCAAUGGAUGUCUCGGAAGUUUGGUGCCAGUUUCGAUAAUUUGAAGUUCGAGAAGAAAGGCCCAGGCAGCCGAUUCAUGAAGGAUUUCGAGGGUCACAAGAAGGAUUUUGGAUCUUCCGACGACCUCGACCAAGUGUAUGAGAUCAACCUGGUGAUGCCCGGCGUAAGCUACUCAAUCGUAUACGAUGACGAUGAAUGUGUAGUUAAACUUACUGGGCGAGACAUGCUCAGCUUUUUUGAGCCGGUGGUGAACAAGAUCAUCAGUCUUCUGGAGCAGCAGAUGCGACUGGCAAACCAGGCCGCAGGAAACUGCACGAUUAAUCGAGUUAUCCUAGUCGGUGGUUUUGGAGACUCCCCCUAUCUCAACACCAAGGUUCGGGCGUGGUGUAAUAGCCGAGGAAGCGUAAGGCUCUUAUGUCCAGAGCAUCCUCAAGCAGCCAUCGUUCGAGGCGCUGCAUUGCGCGGUCUUUUAGACAUUGCACCGAUCCGGAAGCGAUGCCGUCGUCAUUACGGCGUCGCAUAUAGCGCUACGUUUCGAGAAGGCAUCGAUCCUGAGACCGACGUAAAGUACGAUUCGUGGGAUGGACGAAAGCAAUGCAACUCGAGAAUGGAUUGGCAAGUCAAAAAGGGACAAGUCAUCGAUGAAAACACCCAUAUCUCCACAAGCGUACGGAGAAGUUACACAGCAGGCGAUUCGUUAAUUCGGACCAAGACGUUGUAUUCCAGCUCCUUUGAAGUCCCUCCAGAGAGGAAGACAGACCCUGGCGUAGAAGUGGUCGGAACGAUCCGGCAUGUCAUGCAACAAUCACACUUGGCAAAGUUCGAAUCGAGUUACAAAAAUGGAAAGUUGAGGUACAGGCUCUGUUAUGACAGAGAAGUAAUACUAGGUUCAAAGGAAGGGACAUUACAGUUUAGGGUGACUUGUGACGGAGAGGAGCUCGGAACCGCGUCUAUCGAAUAUGCGAAGGACGAGGCUGCUCCAGGGGGAGGGUCACCAGCGUCUGUGGCCUCAGCGAUGCAAUAUGUGUGAUACCCAUGAAUUUUAAUCAUUUUCAAGUCCUGUAGCGCGACGCGUUUGCUUAAGGUUGAUGGUGGUGUUGCUCAAAGCUGACAGGCACCUGAAGGGGGACAUGAUGGCCAAGUGGUCAGAAUUGACGCACGGAGCAAUACAGGCGGCGAUUUGGCUGGUGUACGAUGGGUGGUGGGACUGGAGAUGCGUCGGAGCAAACUUUAGAACUACGGAAGACCGGGAGCAUAAGAUAUUCUAUGGUGGACUAGGAAAACCAGAGGGCCACUCAACGUCACGUCCUCGGCUGACUUUUUGAUGAACUUCAUCCACGCACAAAAGCGUUUCCUCAAAGACUUUUAUAUA